AUGGACGUUGCCUACGAUCACAUCACAGAGGAAACCCUCUCACCCGACGAAGCGAACCGCAAGACACAAACGGAACAGAAUCUCAACGCCGAGUUCCAGGAAGCCUUCAAGGCCGUGAGCUCUUCACCAUGGGGGGCCAAGUUAGGGGGAUGGUUCUCGCAAGCACGGAAGCAGGGCGAGAGCUUCGUGCAGGAUCUACAAAAGGAAGCGACUGAAGCCUCCGAGCAAGCGACGAAAGGAUUCUCCAGCUUAAGGGAACAAGUGGUCAGUCGGACGAGGGGGAUGAGCUUGAACACCGCUGAGGGUCCUAUACCCGGCGAAGAGUCCGUUCCAAAAGCUGAGGAGAAAGGGGUGGAUCCACAGUCUGCCGAAGCGGCUGCUCUGGAAGCGCAGAAGCCGGAGUCGUUACCGGCGGACAUUGUCAAGGAGGCAGGCAGUCUGGUUGCCAGUUUGAGGACUUUGGGUGCAGCGAAGUUGAAAGACUUGCAGAAGGCGGAAGAUGCCGCCGACGAGGCACUGCUUCGCUUCGGAGCGAAUGUCAGGAACUUCUUGCGAGAAGCGGUGACUAUAUCUGCUCCUGAGGGAGAGGAUGGCGUUGCGAAGGAGGUGCUGUUCGAGACACAGGAGCCGGGGACUGGGAGGAAGGUGUUCCAUUCUACGAGGCUGGAUGCGCAGCUUCAUGCCAUUCACACGAGCAGUGGUACUUUCACAGAGGAUCCGCAAGGAGACGAGUGGGAGGCCUGGGAGAAGGAAUUCGACGUGGAGAAGAAGACGGAUGCGAUUGCACAAGAUUUGGAGCAGUAUGAAGAGCUGAGGAGAGCCAUGGAGAAGGUGGUGCCAGAGAAGGUAGAAUACAGGGUAUUUUGGAUGAGGUAUUACUUCUUGAGGAAGGCUAUCGAGGAAGAGGAGAAGAGACGAAAGGAGGUGCUGAAAGGUAAGGGAGGAUCUGUCAGAGCAACGAUGACUCCCGAGCUAACUUUGAAUGCAGGCGCUGCUGCAGAGACUGAGGAAGAAGUCGGCUGGGAUGACGAAGACGAGGAAGAGGACAAGUCUUCCACCCCCCAACCACAGGCACAAGCAUCCGCGUCGACAACGACGCUUAAUGCAACCGCGUCCAGCAAGACAACCACGGAUGCAGCAGAUCUCCUCAAGCCCAAAGAAUCUCGACGCAGCGAGGACGAGAACAAGUCGGUGGCAGAUUCCGAUGCAAGCUAUGAUCUCGUUAGCGGUGCACCUAGUCGAGGGAGUCCGAAGGAGAAGUCGAAGGAUGAGGAUAGUGAUGAUGACUGGGAGUAG